AACAAGAUGAGCCGAUAGGGUGCCUAGGCUGCCUGGAGUUACGUAACCCAUUGUGCCUCCGGAGCAGCUCACAAUCUUAGGAUUUGCCCCAACAAGCAAACCGAGAAAGCUGCCGAGGAAGGCACAGGAAGGUAGCUGUGCCGAGGUCCUGCCCGCGCUGGGGUUCUCAUGGAGAAUCCCCUUUCUCACUGAACUGCCUUUGGAGUUGAUUUCUGUACAUGGCAUUGGUACUUCAGUUAGGGCAGCCCGUCGGGGCCCAGCCUCUGCCAGGACUCGGCCAAGGCAAGCUCAUUCGGACAGACUCCUGUGACGUGUGCAACAGCACCGAUCUUCCGGAAGUCGAGAUCAUCAGCCUGCUGGAGGAGCAGCUGCCCCAUUAUAAGUUAAGAGCCGACACCAUCUACGGUUAUGACCACGACGACUGGCUCCAUACACCCCUCAUUUCUCCAGAUGCCAACAUUGACCUCACAACCGAGCAAAUCGAAGAGACGCUGAAGUACUUCCUUUUAUGUGCUGAAAGAGUUGGCCAGAUGACUAAGACAUAUAAUGACAUAGAUGCUGUCACUCGGCUUCUUGAGGAGAAAGAGCGGGAUUUAGAACUGGCUGCUCGGAUUGGCCAGUCAUUGUUGAAGAAGAACAAGACACUAACAGAGAGGAACGAGCUGCUGGAGGAGCAGGUGGAGCACAUCAGGGAGGAGGUGUCUCAACUCCGGCAUGAGCUGUCCAUGAAGGAUGAGCUGCUUCAGUUCUACACCAGCGCCGCGGAGGAGAGCGAACCCGAGUCUGUGUGCUCCACCCCGUUGAAGAGGAAUGAGUCAUCCUCCUCCGUCCAGAAUUACUUCCAUCUGGAUUCUCUUCAGAAAAAGCUGAAAGACCUCGAAGAGGAGAACGUCGUACUUCGAUCGGAGGCCUGCCAGCUGAAGACGGAGACCAUCACCUACGAAGAGAAGGAACAGCAACUGGUCAACGACUGCGUGAAGGAGCUGAGGGAUGCCAACGUGCAGAUCGCCAGUAUCUCAGAGGAGCUGGCUAAGAAGACCGAGGAUGCUGCCCGCCAGCAAGAGGAGAUCACACACCUGCUGUCGCAGAUAGUUGACUUGCAGAAGAAGGCAAAAGCUUGCGCGGUGGAAAAUGAAGAGCUGGUCCAGCACCUGGGGGCUGCUAAGGAUGCCCAGCGGCAGCUCACGGCCGAGCUGCGAGAGCUGGAGGACAAGUACGCAGAGUGCAUGGAGAUGCUUCACGAGGCGCAGGAGGAGCUCAAGAACCUCCGGAACAAGACCAUGCCCAAUACUGCAUCACGGCGCUACCACUCGCUCGGCCUGUUCCCCAUGGACUCCUUGGCAGCGGAGAUUGAGGGAACGAUGCGCAAGGAGCUGCAGUUGGAAGAACCUGAGUCUCCAGAUAUCGCUCACCAGAAGCGAGUCUUUGAGACGGUGAGAAACAUCAACCAGGUCGUCAAGCAGAGGUCUCUGACCCCGUCCCCCAUGAACAUCCCCGGCUCCAACCAGUCCUCAGCCGUGAACUCCCUCCUGUCCAGCUGCGUCAGCACCCCCCGGUCCAGCUUCUAUGGCAGUGACGUUGGCAGUGUCGUCCUGGACAACAAGACCAACAGCAUCAUCCUGGAAGCAGAGUCAGCUGACCUGGGGAACGCCGAGCGGAGCAAGAAGCCCGGGACGCCGGGCACCCCGGGCUCCCACGACCUGGAGACGGCGCUGCGGCGGCUGUCCCUCCGCCGGGAGAACUACCUGUCGGAGCGGAGGUUCUUCGAGGAGGAGCAGGAGCGGAAGCUCAGGGAGCUGGCGGAGAAGGGCGAGCUGCUCAGCGGCUCCCUCACGCCCACGGAGAGCAUCAUGUCCCUCGGCACCCACUCGCGCUUCUCCGAGUUCACCGGCUUCUCGGGCAUGUCCUUCAGCAGCCGCUCCUACCUGCCCGAGAAACUCCAGAUCGUGAAGCCUCUGGAAGGCUCUGCCACCCUUCACCACUGGCAGCAGCUGGCCCAGCCCCACCUCGGGGGCAUCCUGGACCCCCGGCCCGGGGUGGUCACCAAGGGCUUCCGGACACUGGACGUUGACCUGGACGAAGUGUACUGCCUUAACGACUUUGAGGAAGACGACACAGGUGACCACAUUUCCCUCCCGGGCCUAGCUACCUCCACGCCAGUUCAGCACCCAGAGACCUCAGCGCACCACCCUGGGAAGUGCAUGUCACAGACCAACUCCACCUUCACCUUCACCACAUGCCGCAUCCUGCAUCCUUCAGACGAGCUCACACGGGUCACGCCAAGCCUUAACUCGGCUCCAACUCCAGCUUGUGGCAGCGCCAGCCACUUGAAGUCCACGCCGGUGGCCACCCCAUGCACUCCACGGAGACUGAGCCUGGCUGAAUCCUUCACUAACAUCCGUGAGUCCACGACCACCAUGAGCACGUCUCUGGGGCUGGUGUGGCUACUGAAGGAGCGGGGCAUUUCCGCGGCCGUGUACAAUCCUCAGAGCUGGGACAGGGCCGGCCGGGGCUCCCUCCUGCACUCCUACACCCCCAGGAUGGCUGUGAUCCCCUCCACCCCACCCAACUCGCCUAUGCAGACGCCCACAUCCUCCCCGCCCUCCUUUGAGUUCAAGUGCACGAGCCCUCCCUAUGACAACUUCCUGGCCUCCAAGCCGGCCAGCUCCAUCCUGAGGGAAGUGAGGGAGAAGAAGAACGUCCGGAGCAGUGAGAGCCAGACAGACGUGUCUGUCUCCAACCUCAACCUCGUGGACAAAGUCAGGAGGUUUGGCGUGGCCAAAGUGGUGAACUCAGGGCGAGCCCACGUCCCCACCUUGACUGAGGAUCAGGGACCUCUCCUCUGUGGGCCCGCAGGCCCCGCCCAGGCCCUCGUCCCUGGCGGCCUGGUCCCCGAGGGCCUGCCCCUCGGGUGCCCCACUGUCACCAGGGCCAUGGGCGGACUGCAGCUCAACAGCGGCAUCCGGAGGAACCGCAGCUUCCCCACCAUGGUGGGGUCCAGCAUGCAGAUGAAAGCCCCUGUGACUCUCACCUCGGGCAUCUUGAUGGGUGCUAAGCUCCCCAAACAAACUAGCUUACGGUGAGGAGGGGAGGGGGGUCCUUCCCCUGGAGGAGACCAGGCUCAC